ACACACACUACAAGCCCCAAGUUCCCUUGCGCGAUGUGGCCAGGGAGUGGCUGCGCAUGCGCACAUUUACAGCCGAAGUAAGCUUGAGUGCUGUGGUUGCAUCGGCUGGCUGGUGUGUGCGGCUUGCUGGCACUUCUCCUGGGGUAGAUAGCAGCGAGAGGAACAAAGAAUAGCUAAAUAUUGGAAGGAGCCCACUGGAAUCUGCAGAACCAUGAGCCUUCAAAUUAAUCAAGACAAGUACAGGGACCUUGAUGAAGAUGAACUGCUUCGGAACCUGUCUGAAGCUGAUUUACAACAACUAGAAACUGUUCUAGAAGAUUUGGAUCCUGAUAAUGCACUGCUGCCAGCAGGUUUUCGACAGAAAGACCAGACCAGUAAGGUGCCCACCGGAUCUUUUGACAGAGAUCGUCUGCUGGAAUUCUUGGAGAAGGAUGCACUCUCUCAGAAAGACAGGGAGGACUAUGUGCCAUUUACUGGAGAGAAAAAAGGGAAAAUAUUUGUUCAAAAACAAAAGCCCUUGGACUUCCGUAAAGAAGAGAAGAUUUCUCUUGAUCCAGAACUUGAAGAGGCAUUGACUAGUGCUACUGAUACAGAGCUGUGUGACCUUGCAGCUAUCCUUGGAAUGCCCACCCUGUUGCCAAGCGGUGGCACCAGCAACGGUUACGAUUGCCAAGGAUUCCCUAAUGUGGUCAAAGCAGAACCUGUUAGGCCCAUUUUUGAUGAGCCUCCAAAUCCCACUAAUGUGGAAGAGACUUUGAAAAGAAUCCGAGACAAUGACGCACGCUUGACUGAGGUUAACUUGAACAACAUUAAGAAUAUUCCUAUUCCGACGCUGAAAGAUUAUGCAAAGGCAUUAGAGAAGAACACCCAUGUCAAAAAAUUCAGCCUUGCAGCAACAAGAAGCAAUGAUCCUGUAGCCGUGGCAUAUGCCGACAUGCUGAAAGUAAACAGAAAUCUUCGAAGUUUUAACAUUGAAUCUAAUUUUGUCACUGGAGCUGGAAUAUUGGCCUUGGUAGAAGCACUGAAAGAAAAUGAAACCUUGCAAGAGAUCAAAAUUGAUAAUCAGAGACAACAGCUAGGAACAGGAGUGGAAAUGGAGAUAGCACGUCUGCUUGAGGAAAACCCAACAAUUCUGAAAAUCGGCUACCACUUUACACAGCAGGGACCACGGACAAGAGCAGCAGCUGCAAUAACAAAGAAUAAUGAUCUUGUGAGAAAACGGAGAGUUGAAGGGGACCGUGAAUAAACAUUUAAACCAACCAGGAAACAUUGUUUGGAGAUUUCAAGGUCAUCCGCGGUGAUCCUCCUCCAUUCGGGGUUAUUUGUUGAGGACUUCUUUGGGCUGGGAAGAAGGGAAGAUACUGGAAAACUGCAAACCAAUGUCUGAUUGUGCUUGUCAUUCUUAACGCAUUGCGGAAAAACAUAGCGUCUAUAUUUGAAUUCAAAGCCUUUCCCCAAGAAUACACUUGCAACAUUCCAUAUGAAGUGACGCCAUGAGGAAAGUGUAGGAAAUCAGUUCUGGUUAUAUCCGUGUUCAGAUGUUAAAACAUUGUUUUCUUACAAAGGAAAAGCUUGCUAAAGAGAUGGCCAGUUAUUUGUUUUACCUGUUCGGAGGUCAAAGGGAAUGUCUUCAAGAGAAAUCAUUGAAAAAAAAAAUAUAUAAAUAGCCUGUUUUUAAGUAGGGUUCCAUAUGAAUUCUCCUUUGCCUAGACUAUAAGGGUAAUAGCACACAUGAGUUUUAUGGAGUUGUCACUGCUUAUAUCAGGGAAAUGUUAGCAAGACCAAAAG